GGGGGAGAAGGAGCGGGAAUUGGCGAGUCGGGUACUGGUGUUGGCGGCGACGAAUAUGCCGUGGGCAAUUGACGAGGCGGCGAGACGGCGGUUUGUAAGGAGGCAGUAUAUCCCGUUGCCCGAGAAAGAGACGCGGGAGGUGCAGAUGAGGGGGUUGUUGAGCCAUCAGAAGCAUGGGUUGAGCGACGAAGACAUCGCGAAGCUAGUGGAGAGAUCUGAGGGGUACUCGGGCUCCGACAUCACGGCGCUUGCGAAGGAUGCCGCCAUGGGUCCGCUCCGCAGCCUGGGCGAGCGGCUGCUGGAAAUGACGAUGGAUGAGAUCCGGCCGAUUCAGUUCGAGGACUUCGAGGCGAGUUUGGCGGCGAUCAAGCCGAGCGUGACGACGCGGGGACUGCAGCAAUUCGAGGAGUGGGCUAACGAGUUUGGCGAGCGGGGGUCAUAGAGAACGUGGAUGCAUGCAUAGUUAAGUACGGGACAUCAACUUGGUAUAAGGGGUGGUGUUUUGAGAUGUCCUCGCCUGAUUGAUACUGUAUAGUAAACACUAUGGACUUUACUUGUCCACCAUCCUUGGAUGGCCCUUUCACAAGAAUAAAAGAGAUCACUUUUGCAUUUGCUUUUAAA